ACUCCUUGGAACUUAGUGAAGAAUCUAGACCUAGACAAAAAAGUACUAGGCUUAUCGACUGCUUUUUUGAGUUAUAUACUAUUAGACGUGAAAGAAAAUGGUAUUUAGAGGUUCACCAUGCAGACUAUAAUCAUGGUCAUUCAAGUAAUAUAGCAAGGUAUUCUAUUGUUUGCCAACUUGAAAAACAACAAAUAGCAACUAUUGCAACUAUGACUAUUGCUA